UAAAAAUCUAGGCUAUUUUUAAAAAGUUGCAUUGUGGGAAAUUGUGUUUAUGGGAACGUGUUAAACGUAUUUUCGAUGCAGUUCGAACUACAAUUCCCAUAAUUCCCCAGUAGAUCCAGUUCAAAUUGCGCUUCAUUUGAAACCGGAAUGCAACAACAACCUCAUGAUCGCUAAUCCACUCCAAAACUUUUGGGUUUAUUUAUUUUAAUUUAUCUGUCCGUUUUCCAAAGCAUGUGCAAAUAGCCGCAACAAUUACUACAGAAACAGGAUAAGAACAUCACGUAUGGGGAUUACAAUGCAAGUAUUGAAGCUGGUGAUACAAUGCAAGUGUGUGAGAUCAAUAGGCUUCCCCUCUGGUCAGUUCUCGCGUGUGGAUAACUUUUCAACCAGCUGUCAAUGGCGAGCACGCAAAAAGGUGAGUCAGUACAGCACAGUGGACACAGAGCGGUACUCAUCUCUGGUGCGAGAGGUGUUGUCGUCAAAAACCAGCUCCCAGACCCCUAAUAGCAUCGAGGAUGAGGACUGUCAGCUGUACGGACCUAUAAUAAGAUCCAGGCCGACUUCACAACAGCCCAAAGUACCUAAAAACCUGCAUCCACUGUUAAAUGAGGCCAAAGGUCAGUCGGAGUAUCUGCCGGGACCUUUGGCUCGUAUAACAUUAAAGAGAGACCCUAAUAAGACAUCUAUACCCAGUGUGACCCGAAUCCUUCAGAAGACCAUGCCUCCUGACCAAGCCUUUUACCUGGAAAGGUGGAAGAGAAGGAUGAUAGCUGAACUCGGAGAGGAAGGGUUUCGAGAAUACAGCUCGAACAUUUUCAGACAAGGAAAGCUGUUCCAUGCUACCAUUGAGGACACUUUCACCCAGGAAACCCCUUCUAAGGAGGACCAUGAGAGUCCAGCAGAGGUGUCCGGAUAUAUAGAGAGUGUAUCUAAUGUGUUGAAUGAUAUAACAGGAGUGAGAGCUAUUGAGAGUGUUGUGGAUCACUCUGCAUUACGGUACCUUGGCAUUGUAGAUUGUGUUGCCGAAUACAGAGGUUCACUGUGUGUCAUUGACUGGAAGACCUCAGAGAAGCCUAAGCCCUCCCUUCGCCACACUUACGACAAUCCAUUACAAAUAGCUGCAUACAUUGGAGCUUUGAACAGUGACCACAACUACAACUACCAGGUAGAAAACGGCUUAAUUGUGGUGGCCUACAAAGAUGGAUCACCUGCACAUGCUCACUUCCUGAACUCGGAGCGGAUUUUGCCAUUCUGGGAGAAAUGGCUGCUUCGACUAGAAGAAUAUGCAGAAAAAUAAGAUGCCUUUAACUAGUAUAACAAAUCUAGCUGAUGCUACACAAUGUGUAGCUCGACUGUAUAUGUUUUAUAUUUGAUACAAAAAAUAAACAGUUGUGUGUUACA